AUGGGAGACAUAUGCAUCGAUGGGGAGGAGCAGUUCAUCUUUCGUAGCAAGUACUCGUCGGUCUCGAUACCGGAACAUGUGACACUGCCGGAGUUCGUUCUCGGCGACGCCGAGGCUUAUGCUGACAAAGUGGCGGUGGUGGAGGCGUCCACUGGAAAGUCGUACACGUACCGGGAAGUGGUACGUGAGACAAGUAGGUUUGCCAAGGCCUUGAGGUUACUGGGCCUGAGGAAGGGGAAUGUGGUGGUGGUGGCCCUCCCCAACAUCGCCCUGUAUCCGGUGGUCGCCCUCGGCGUUAUGGCUGCCGGCGGAGUGUUCUCAGGAGUGAACCCUCUGGCUAUGCCGGCUGAGAUAGCGAAACAAGUGGAGAACUCAGAAGCCAAGUUCAUCGUUGCCGACAAGCUCGCUCAUGACAAGGUGAAAGAUCUUGGGGUACCGGUAAUACUAACUGGAGGAGAUCAGGUGGUGGGUGCCGUAGCAUGGGAUGAUCUGCUUCAAGCGACGGACCGUGCAGGGACAAGCCACCAUGGAGAGAAGGUGAGCCCAGGAGACCUGUGCGCCCUCCCGUACUCCUCAGGCACUACAGGUUGCUCCAAGGGCGUCAUGCUGACCCACAGGAACCUGGUGGCCAACCUCUGCUCCACCCUCUUCUGUUGCGGGGAGGAGUUGGUAGGCCAGGUGACGACGCUGGGCCUCGUGCCGCUGUUCCACAUCUACGGGAUCACCGGCAUCUGCUGCGCCACCCUCAGGAGCAAGGGGAAGGUGGUGGCGAUGGAUCGCUUCGAGCUGCGGGCUUUCCUCCACGCGCUGAUUGCCCACGAAGUGGACUUCGCGCCGAUCGUCCCGGCCAUCAUGCUGGCGAUGGUCAAGAGCCCAAUCACGAACGAGUUCAAUCUCGACAAGCUAAAGCUCAAGUCGGUGAUGACGGCGGCCGCACCGCUUGCGCCGGAGUUGCGAGCUGCCUUUGAGGCGAAGUUCCCCGGCGUCCAAGUUCAGGAGGCAUACGGGCUGACAGAGCAUAGCUGCAUCACACUAACUCACGGUGAUCCAAGGAAAGGUCAUAGCAUUGCCAAGAAGAACUCUGUUGGCUUCAUUCUUCCCAACAUCGAGGUCAAGUUCGUCGACCCCAACACCGGUCGAUCCCUCCCCAAGAACACACCAGGGGAAGUCUGUGUCAGAAGCCAAUGUGUCAUGAAAGGCUACUUCAAGAACAAAGAAGAAACCGAGAGGACUUUGGAUCAAGAAGGGUGGCUUCAUACUGGUGACAUCGGGCACAUAGACGACGAUGGUGAUCUGUUCAUCGUAGAUCGCAUGAAGGAGCUGAUCAAGUACAAAGGAUUCCAGGUGGCUCCAGCUGAGCUAGAAGCCAUCCUCGUCUGCCAUCCUUCAGUCGAAGACGCAGCUGUUUUCUCGUUGCCAGAUGAAGAGGCAGGGGAGAUCCCAGCAGCCUGUGUCGUCAUGGGGAGAGACGCCAAGGAGAGUGAGGAUGAUAUCAUGGGCUAUGUUGCCUCAAGUGUGUCAACAUACAAGAGAGUAAGAAUGCUGCACUUUGUGGACUCCAUACCAAAGUCAGCCUCUGGGAAGAUAAUGAGAAGGGUUCUGAGGGACAACAUGGGCACAGGUACAAAGCCCAAUUUAUGUGACAUGAUUCGAGCACAAGUCCACAGGGGAGAAGCAUCACUGCAGACAAUUUUUAGAGUCUAAAUAUAUCAACUAUGAGAUUCUUGAAGGUUUUAAGUAGAUUAGUUGGCAAAAAUUUUGAUAUUUCUUCGUAAAAUAUUGGGUUUAAAUUUCGUCUUCCUCACUUUUUUUUUAAACCAAAAAAAAGAACAAGGUUCAGUGGAGUAGACAUUUGAACUCAAAAUUUGUGCAUCACAAAUAUAAAAAAAAAAGUUAAGUUGGUGAAAAACCAAAUUUGUAAUAAUUAGUAAAAUAAAAACAAUCCUAUAAACUCGAAUUUUGUGCAACACAAAUUUUAAAAAAAGGGUCAAGCUGGUGAAACCCAAAUUUUAACAAUUAGUAAGACAAAAAUUAACCUGUGAAGUCAAAAAAAUUUGUGCAUCACAAAAAAAAAAAAUCAAGUUGGUGAAAAACCAAAUCUGUAAUAAUUAGUAAAACAAAAAUUAUCCUAUAAACUCAAAUUUUGUGCAUCACAAAACUGACAAUUAGUAAAACAAAAAUUAACCUAUGAACUCAAAUUUUGUGCAUCACAAAAAAAAAAAGAAAAAGGGCCAAGCUGGUGAAAACUCAAAUUUAUGACAAUUUGUAAAACCAAAAUUAACCUUUGAACUCAAAAUUUGUGCAUCACAAAAAAAAAGGUCAAGUUGGUUAGAAACCAAAUUUCUAACAAUUACUGAAACAAAAAUUAAACUAUAAACCAAACAUGUAAGACCCUGCACUGGUUCUCAAAUGGUUAGGCACCUCAUCAAAUUUCGAAUUUUCGGAUUACAUGUAAGCUCCUUCACGAGUUGACAAUACAGUGGCCUACCACAAAGGAUAAGAAAGAUGAGGUUUUUACUUAUCAAGGGAGCCAAGGAGGAAUGACCUGAUCGUGCAUCAUCUAAUGACGGUGGAAGCCUUAAGCGUAGAGAAAUCGAAGAAGUAGACGAGAUGGUCAGAUAAAAGCAGCGCUGAAGGCAGAGGGUCUGCACCAAAACCCUAGCAUUCUUUCUUCGCUCAAAAAAUGUCGUUACUUGGGCGUAUGAACGAGAUCCGAAGAUAAACCCCAUGAGGAACUCUCGGUGCUCUCUUCGAAUGACCGAAUUGAGAAACGACCGAGCAUGGUUGAUUUUGCAACCCAAAUUCCGGAUUAAGAUAAGAAAAGACUGAACGGAUCGGGCUUGGCAAAAAGAUCGGGUUUCAAACCCUAACAACAAAUCCACGAAGGAUUGCGCUCUCAGAUGAAGAAGCAAGACGCCAUUCCCAGACUCAGGAUUUGGGAUUGCCGGGAAGCGGAGAAACCGCGAGAUUCGAGAGGGUAAGUCGGAUCAAGCAUGGUUUUUACUCUUCGCAUUACCACCCAGCAAUUGGUGAUGCAGGGUGGGGCUCGUAUCUGGAGAGACGUAGUUGCGGACUCGAUAACGAGCAAGCGAGUAGUUAUAACUUUGAGAAUAUUAAAGGGCUUGGAUGUGGCUCUAUUGGAUCAGAUGGACGGCUGUGAUUAGACAAGAGGGUAAUAGUAAUUUGUUUUUGUCCCUCCUCUUUAUCUAUUUAUGAAUUAAAGUGCCUAAAUGGUUCAGAAAAUGGAAGCACAAAGUAAAAAUAUGAAUAAGACCUCAAUAAUUGGAUUAGGAAAGCAUAAAAUGAAUAAAGAGUGAUAAUAGAUCAUGGGUGGUGAUCACCAUAUUUAUUUUUAAAACAUAUUAAAAUAGAUUUUUAUUAUAUUAAAUAACAUAUAUCGAAGUGGACUCAAACAUAAGACCUAUGACUUGUGUAACAAUACACUAAUCAAUUAGAUGUUGUUGAGACCAAGGUCUGCCAUAUCGAAUCGUACCGCCCGGUACGGGCGGUAUGUACCGGUCCGACAGGCUAGCGGUACGUGGAUCGCCCGAUACCGGUCCUCACUGUAGUAGUGAAUUGUAGCACUGUAGCAAUGCUACAGUGCUCGGGUGAACCUGAGUAUACCGCUCGGUACACCUGGGUGUAUCGCUCAGUACACCGUACUAUACCGGUACCGAGCCCAGGUCGAAAUACCGGUAUGGUACGGUAUUGCGAACCUUGGUUGAGACGAUCAUCAUAUUUAUUAUCUUCUUGCAAACAUUGGGUAUUUAAAUUCACUCAAUAUGAUCUUCUCCACAACUUAUUUUAACAUUAAACUUUAACCAAAACUAAUGUAUGUUUAAAGACACU